AUACGCUCACUACCGUUUUGAACUUGUUUCGACAUGAAGUCCGUCACCUUUGCUCUCCUGGCUGCGGCCAGUGUUGAGCGGGCUGCUGCCACCUUCAACCUUGGCAACUCCUGGACCAGCGCCAAACCCUACAGCUGCCCCAGCAACACCGACAACAACCAAUGUACCGAGCAGCAGCACCACGGCUGGGACUGGAGCGACGUCCCCACUGGCCCUGUUGGCCACUACAGCGGUUGCGACUUCAAGGGCUGGAGCUGCGAGAACGACUUCAGCAAGCGUGAUAGCCUCCUGAGUGCUCGUACCUUUGGCACUACCGGCCGCUCCAUCUCCGGCCAGUGCACGGGUGACAAGACCACCACUCCUUGCAUCUACGCCAGCGGCGACAAGGAGCACUUCUCCAUCGACACCUUCUCCGUCUCCACCGAGUUCGACACUCGUCUCGAGUUCCACUACGACAUGCCCGACGGCUCAACCUGCAAGCACUCUGCCGACUGCUCGUCCCAUGGAACCACGGUUAAGAACAACCAGUGCGGUGGUGCCAAGUCGGUCUGCGUCGUCUACCCUGGCAGUGGAAACAACGGUGGAAGCAAGCCCAGCUCGCCCAGCAAGCCCAGCAAGCCUAGCAAGUCCACUUGCGGUGCCAAGGUUCACCACAUCGGCUGGAACUGCAACAACAACUCUCCCCCUCCCUCCGGUGGCCAGCCUGGCAAGCCCGGUAAGCCCGGUAAGCCUGGCAAGCCUGGCAACACCCAGCCCGCCAACACCCAGCCCGCCAACACUCAGCCCGCCAGCACCCAGCCUGCCAACACAUACACUGCUCCUGCUGAGACCUACACCCUCCCCGCUGGCGAGACCACCUACACUCUCCCCGGUUCGACUUUCACUGUCCCUGCUGGCGAGACUACCUACACCGUUCCAGCUGUCGAGACGACCUUGACUGCUCCUCCUGCCACCUACACCGUCCCUGCUGGAGAGACCACCUACACCGUUGACACCACCACCUACACCGUUCCUGCUGGAGAGACUACCUACACUCUCCCCGGCUCGACCUACACGGUUCCUGGUGAGGCCACGACUUACACUGUGCCCGCUGGCGCCACGACGUACACUGCUCCUGCUGCUACCUACACUGUCCCUGCUGGCGAGACCACCUACACGGUUCCCGGCGAGACCACGACCGUCCCCGCUGGCAGCACUGAGACUACCACUGGAACUGCGGCUGCUGCCACUACCACUGCUCCUGCUGGCGAGACAAACACUGAGGUUGUCGUGAGCACCUCCAUCAUCCCUGGAGGCGAGACCACCACUGCCCCCGCUGCUGGUGAGACUACCACUGCUCCCGCUGCCGGCGAGACCACCGUCCCUGCUGCUACCGAGACUGCCACUGCCCCCGCUGGUGAGACUACCACUGCUCCCGCUGCCGGCGAGACCACUGUCCCUGCUGCUACCGAGACUGCCACUGCCCCCGCUGGCGAGACCACUGCUGCUCCCUCCACCACCGGUGGCUCUGAUGCUGCCACCACCGGCCCUGCCUCGGUCAUCACCACCACGUACCAGACCACCUCCACCGUCUUCACCACCACGGUCCACACCAUCACCAGCUGCGCUCCCGAGGUGACCAACUGCCCGGCCAGGCCUGACCAGCCCGUCCUGACCACCGUGACCGUUGCCGUCAGCACCACCAUCUGCCCCGUCACUGCCACCAUCACCCCUGCGCCCCCGGCUCCUACCGCUACCGGUUCCACUCCCGCCGGCCCCGGAUCUUCCGCCCCCGGCUCUGAGCCCGAUGCGCCUCUUCCUUGCCCCGAGGUCCUGCCCAGGUGUCUCAACACCUGGCUGACCCUGGUUCCCGACUGCAAGAGCAACACUGAUGCUUCUUGCUACUGCCCCAGCAAGGACCUCGUCGAGAAGGUGUUCGAGUGUGUCUACUCCAACGGAGACAACGAUGAUGAUGUUGCAGCUGCCAUCACCUUCUUCCAGGGCAUCUGCGCUGGCGAUGCUGGCUCCAACCCUGCCAUUGUCACUGGUGCCGAGACCAUCACCUCCAUCAUCACCGUCACCAGCACUCCUGUUGUGGCCCCGACUGACUACACCACCAUCGUCGUUGCCACCUCGGUCACCCAGCCUGUCGUCUCCGAGGGCACCACCAUCCCCGGCAGCAGCACCACCUACUGGGUCUCGACGGCCGUCACCAUCCCCCAGGUCGCCAUCACUGCUGCUCCCGCUCCUCCCGCGCCCACCGGUGCUGCCCCGACUGCCCCUGCCGAGGCCCCUGCUCCCGCCCCGACUCUGGCCACUCCCCCUGCUGGUCCUAUCGGAACCGCCACCGGCACCGGAGUCCUUCCCGGCGGCACUGGCAUCCCCGUCAUUGGCGCUGCUGGCCGCGUUGGCGCUGGCAUGAGCCUUGGUCUCGCCAUCAUCGGCGCUGUCUUUGCCCUGUAAAGCAG